AUCUAUAACAAAGAAUGGAUUUUUUACGUAAAAUCAGUUAGUGAAUUAUGAAUCCAGUGUUCUAAGACUGCUGAAUAGUUGCCUUCGAGGGAAGGCUUGACCACACCGCGGAGCGCCCGUGCUCCGGUGGGUAGAAGGCCUACGAGCGCUCUUCCCCAUCAACGUCUGAAGAAGGAGAAGUCCCUGGAGACACCUCCAGAAAUGGACUCACCUGUUGGCAGCGUCAGUAGCGACCUCCGAAGGCAGAAUGAGGAACUGCGCGCGCGCUUGGCAGGCGAGGCAGCCGACCAUAAACGCAGGCUGGAUGCUUACCGCCGCGCGCAGCAAGGGCAAGCUGCUUUGGUGUCUAGGCUUCAAGCAAAGGUGCUUCAAUACAAGCAGCGAUGCUCAGAGCUUGAGUCCCAUAUGCUGGAGACGACCCCCCGGAGCGACGUGUACCGGCCCACGUCUGACAAGACUAGCAUCGCCCUCCCGGCGUCGGCCGCUCUGCCCACCCCUUCCAGCAUCGACUCUCGGAAGGAUGAAAGGAUCAAUGACCUGGAAACUGCGCUCAGGAGACUGGAUGAGGAGAAGCGCAGAUGUGAGAAGCUGGUGGCUCAGAACAACUUGCUCCGUGACCAACUGGAGGAGUCCCAUCAGCUGAACGAAGCCCUCACUGGCGACUUGCAGAAACUGACCAAUGACUGGGAGGCUUUGCGCGACGAGAUGACUAUCAAAGAGGACGAGUGGAAGGAUGAAGAACAGGCCUUCAACGACUACUACUCAAGCGAGCACAAUCGUCUGCUCAGCCUCUGGCGAGAGGUAGUUUCCGUCAAGCGUCAGUACGCAGAGCUACAGUCAUCUACGGAGCGGGACCUGUAUCGAGUGAGGAAUGAGUUUGACUCCUCAGCCCGGGAACUACUGGGCAUGCUCAGCGGGUAUUCUAUAAAUGCUUUUGCUGCUCAGACUAUGAAGGGUGACGCCAUGGGUGCUCCCGGGAUGGCAGGCUUUGGCCAGGGCUCGUCAGGUUUUGGACAGGCGUCAUCUACCUUUGGUCAAGGUGGUCAGGGGUCGACAAACGUCGGUCUUGAAGCGCUACGAGUAGAACUGAGAGACAUGUCCUCUCAAAAGGACACCGCUUUGGCCGAGUUGAGAGAAAGAGACGCACGUAUACAGCGUCUGCUUGGAGAGUUGCAGGGAUUGGAGGAGCGUUGCGAAAUAGCGGAGGCUCAAUGUUCAGACGCGGGAGUGAUGCGCGCCGCCUUGGAAGACGUGGCUCGGGCACUCAUACAGGACUCGGAGUCCGACAUAAUGCCUUCGUCGCAUAUACACCUCGCUGAUAGAUCACCAAAACGCAGUAUCCCGCAAUCAGCAAACGCGACUGCCUUCGCCGAAAGCACGAUAUCCGCAGUGCAGGCCGCCCUGCACAAGUACCAGAUUCAAAUACACGAGCUACAAGUUAAACUCCAAAAUAGUCGGGAACAACUCCAAACGAGCCGCAAGCAAUGCGAGUCCGCUGAGACUACUAUCGGCUCCUUGGAGAGCAAAGUCCAGGAUCUACAAGGGAAACUCGACCAGGCCAAUGCUGAUAUAAACCAGUUGGUCUCCGAGAAGGAGUCUAUGCAGAAGACUUUGGAAACGCUGAGAGGAGAUAAGAAUGGUCUGGAGAGGAAUAGAGUCGAAAUUAAUGCUAUGGUGGAAUCACUAACAUCGGACUACGAGAAAUUGCAGAAGAUAAAUGCACGUCUGGAGAAAACUAUCGAAGCUUUGGAGACUGAGAAGAGAGCCUUGAACUCUGAAGUGGACCACUUACACCGGGAGGGUUCCAACAGGGAAUCUGUUUUGAGAGCCGAAGAAGAGCGUUCAUCUCGUCUUCGUUCAGAACUGGUGUCGGUGCGAGAAGAACUUAACAAGACUGCAUUGUCGAGAGAUCUGUUGGAACAGCAGAAAAUGGAGGCCGACGCUAUUAUAUCGCAGAUGGAGAAACAUAGAAACGAGUUGGAAAUAGAAUUGGAGCGUAUCAUAAUGGAGAGGGGGGAUUUGCAAGAUCUGGUGGAGAAGUUAGAGGCGGCCGUGAGGAACCUCGAGUGUGAGAAGAAAAAGCUCCAGGACGAAGUGAAGCACCUGGAAGAUGAAAAGUCUUCGCUUUCAAACCAGUCUUCAGAACAACAAGGUGACCUCAACUCUCUUCGCAAAGAGUUACUCGCAGCGGAACAGAAUAGAAUGGAACUCGAAGCCGACAAGGCGUCGCUGUACGAGAAGAUCAAGUUCUUGGAGGGAGAAAGGGAGAAGGUGGAGUUGGAAUUGAGACAAGUCAUGAGGGAGCGUGGUGAACUCAGUUCGCAAUUGACAGCUAUGGUCCGCAAGAAAGAUACGCUGAAUGAAGAGAUCAUUCGUCUCCAACAGCGCUUGGAGCAAGCCAACGAGACCAUAGGUCGCAUCAACAGAGCUUUGGAAGACCACGUCAAAGACGGGGAGGAGAAACAGAUCCUCAUCGACAGCCUUGACAAAGACAAGCAACACCUGCAAGAACAGUUGGCUGGUGUUCGUUCAGAGAAGGACGCUUUGGAAGCGGUUCUGUUCGACACAGCCAACAUGUUGGAAGACGCCGACAACAAGAGGAACAAGUUGGAACAGGAGUUGCAGGAGACAUUGGUACAGCAGGAGAACUAUAAGGGUCAAAUUGCUCGCCUUACGAAAGACUUAGAGAACAGUGAGAAGAAACUUCGUGACACCCGUAACAGCAUGUCUCAGGCUUCAGGCAAGAAAGAGGCCGAGUACCAACAGAUUAUAACCAAUCUCAACCGCACUACUACGGAGAACAUCACCAAAUUGAAAGAGGAGAAGGAACAAUUACGUCAAUCCCUCGAGCACAAACUGAACCAAACCAUCGCUGCUCUAACGAGCGAGAAGGAAUCAUCCGAGGCCUGUGCGAGGGAAAGAGAGAAGAAGCUAUUAGCGGCUCGGGACCAGUUGAUAUUGCAACAUGACGAAGCAAUGUUACGAGCGGAGAAUGAUAAACAGCAAGCUUUGAUUAUGGCUCAUCAAGAACAACAAGCGCUUUUAGAACGUUUGGAAGAGGCGAAGCGAGUGUUGGACUGCGAAGCGAACAAAUUGGAGCGGGUGCGUCGCGAUGCGCAGGCGCGGGCCGAGCACGACAGGAAUUACGUUAACCAGUUGAAAGAUGAGCUGGCUGCUAUGAAGACUAGGUUGGAGGAGGCUAAAGCAAUAGCAGAAGACGACUGCGCCCGUUUCGAGAAUCGCAUCAAAGAGCUUCACUUAGAAAAAGAGGCUUGUGUACGCGAGUGUACCGAGACUAGAGCCUUAUUGUCACUCGCUGAGGACAAAUACGACAACGCGUACGGCCAAUUACAGGAGACUACAAGGAAAUUGAAGGAAUUGGAAAACGAAGCAGACAGUCUACGCAAAGAGUUGACCGACGUCCGCCGACAACUGACCAACUGUUGUGCGGAAAGAGACAAGUACAAUAGCAGCUGCAGAGAGUUGAGAGAGCACGUGAAGAGAGCUGAGAGUGAGAGACGAGACGCCGCCAGGGCUAGAGAUGAAGCUUAUCAUAAGAUUGCAGGAUUGGAAGAGAACCGCACAUCCCUCGAGCUGGAGCUGUCCCGGCUACAGAACCUGCUGAAAGAGGCGGAGUCCGGCGGAGAGCACGUGAUGAGGGACUUGCGGGCCACGGAGGCGCAGCUGAAGCGCGAGAGGGCGGCACUGGAGCAGGCGCAGCAUGAUGUCAAGGAGCUGCAGUCCAGACUCCAAAACGAAAGCGAGGAACGCGAACGUUGCGCCAACGACGCGGCCACCGCUCGGAGGCACGGCGCGGAACUCGAGGCGAUGUUGGCGAACGCCCGCGCCGAACUAGCGGCCUCGAGGCAGAGGGGAGCGGAAUUGGAAGAGGCUUGUCGGGCCAGAGAUCAGGAGUUGGUAUUGCGUCUCGAGGAUUGCCGCUCUAAGGAGCGUCGCCUCGAAGAGCUCAAACACAACUUGGAGGUCUGCCUUGCUGAUGCCACGCAGCAGAUACAAGAGUUGAAGGCCCGCCUCGGCGGCAGCGAAGGCCGCUGCCGGGCUCUCGAAGCUUCUCUCACGCAAUGCGAGAGCGGGAAGCGAGAGGCCGAGGCGAAGUUGUCUUCCAUUGCGCACGCGCUGCGCAGGGUGUGCGGCGUGCAGCCCGACGGCUCCGUGCUCAGCGCCGCGCGCCGCCGCCUGGCCAGCCCCGCCAGGAGGUACAGCCCGCACAGAGGUCGCGAUCACUCUGAAGACCGCAACGAAGUCAUCGACGUAGACCCCGAGCUCUUCAAGAAGGGAAUGAGGAAUCUCAUGCAUGACGUCUGUCAAAUCGAGAGGGAAAAAGACGAUUACAAGUCCCAAUUGAACGCUCUGAAGAAACAGCUGAAGGAGGCCACAGAACAACAAGGGAAAGGAGAAGGGAAACUACAAAAUGUGACGAGUAACCUGCGCUCUGUGCAAGAGGAAAGGGCCAGGUUGCAAACCGCUGUGGCACAGAAAGAUGCUCAGAUUAACGCUCUGAACGAAUCUGUGCAGACUAAGACGGUAGAAAUAAGCAACCUUCGCGACAAAAUAACCAGUAUAGAAGCCACGUUGAGUGCCGUCACAGAGGAGAAAGUUCAGAAUGAGAACAAGGCAGAAAAUUUGCGAGUGCAGUUAGCCGAGCGCGUACAAGAAGCGGGUCAGUUGAGGGAAGCGUUGGCUGCGGCUGAAGGUCGCGCCGCCCGUUUGGACGUGCGCCGCGCCCAGCUGGAGGGGGACAUCCAGCGCGCCGCCGUCGCAGCCCGCGACCGGGAUCAGGCUCUUAAGAAACUUCAAGAACGCUGCGAGGCCUACACCCGCACUAUAGCCUCCCUAGAAGACAGGUGUACCUCCCUAAAGGGGACGGUGGAGCAGCUGUCCACCUCCCUGCAAAAGGCCGCCUCGGCCGAGAGCGAGCUGAGAGCGGAGCUGAGCAAGACUCAGCGCAUGCUCAAUGAGGCUAAGAGUAAUGAACAUAACGCUGUGGAUAAGCUGAGGCAGUUGCAGAAGAAUAUUUCGAACUGUGAGAAUGAAAGGCGCGUUCUGAGCGAGAAACUCGAGAGCGCUAAGACGGCGCUCGGUGAGCUGAAGAGACUGAACGCCUCCUUAGAGGACCAAGUGCACAGACUGACUAACCAGCUGGCCAACGUUGAAGUACAGAGAUCCGGUCUAGAAUCCCAACUGCGCAUGACCACGUGGGAUGGCAAGGAGAGCAGCGAUGGAGAGUUAGAAAGAGAACUACAUAUAUUGCAGAGAGAGAGGUCCGAGCUGAAGGCCAAGUGUGACGCGCUCGCAGAGACCGUGCGCAAGUUGGAGGCUGACAGGAGGAUGCCGCCACGGCCUUCAGCUCUUAGAAGCAAGAGUCACGACCGCGCUGAAAAAUCCGUUUACUAUUCAUCAGAUUUGGACUCUGGUCCAGAUUCCACCAAAGAGUCUCACCGCGUGUGCACCUGUUACAAGGACUCUUCUAACCUGAAAGACAAGAGUUUUGCAGACAUCAGCCUCCUUGAGCUGGAGAAUAGGGAGUUAAGAAUGAAGAUCAGGAGGUUGGAGAAAGAGUUGGCUGAUAAGGAAUCAGAGUUAGCCCUAGCGCGUUCCCGCUACAUCAACGACCUAUCGACGUGUUCCCCCAGCCGUCGCAGUGACGUGGACCGCUAUAGGCAGGCCGCGGUGCAAGCUGAACGACUGCUGGAAGCCAGAGAAGCGAGCUAUAGACAACAGAUUCAUAGACUAGAGAACCAGGCGGCUCAGCUCCGCGCCCAGUUGUCCGCCGAGAUCCGCCGCCGGCAAGCGUACGUGUCGCGCAGCGGCCGCGCCGCCCGCGACGUGCAGCGGCUGCGGGCGGCGCUGGGCGACUCGCUGCGGACCGUGGCGCAGGAUCCAGCAUUAGAUUCCUACACUCUAGAACACGAGGCUAGAAAGCUGGACAGCACGCUGGCCCACAGCUUACCUCCGCUGAACGACAGCUACGACUCCUCCAAGUAAAGCUGAACAAAUGCUGUACAAUUACAUUCGUACCUGAUGACUGCUGAAUUUGGUGAAUUUGUAACAUUCUGAGCUGGAGAAGAAUUAUUUAUUUAUUAAGACGAUUACUUAUCACCGAUAGUAGCUACAAUUAAUUUAAAUAUCAGUAUGUCAAUUGAAAUUUAUACAAAUACUAUAAAAAUGCUGCCUUAACAGCAUAAGAUGAAGAAUUCUAUUAAUUUUAGUUCCCGCGGAAAUUUCGAGAAAUCCUAUCUUAGUGCACCCCUAGAUCGUAUUUGGGAAAUUGCUAACAAAAUAAUGUACCAGUGGCUGAUGUUGUCAGUUAGUCAAUCAAUCAGUUUCCACUUUUAAAUAUUUAGAUAGAAAAGAAAUAAUCAUCAGUGUGUAAUGGCAAAGAUUUCUUUAAAAAAAAUCAAUUACGUAGGUAUAUCAUUCAGUUUACAGUAACAACAAAAUGAUUCAAAUAAUUUUUUUUAUCAAGAAGUUUUGAAUUUGAGACCUAAUUUAAACAGGAAAUAUUUUCUUAGUUAUAAUUAAUUUGACGCAUUAUAACAGAUAAUAUUUGACGUUAUUUAUAAAAGAGGUCAUUAUGCUUUUUUGCAUUAUUUACGCCGUUAUAUAUUAUACUUUAUCAUUAACGUUAUAAAUAAUGUAAACAUAAUUUAUAGAGUAAAUUUACGAGCUGCGCGCGAGUUGCUACUACAGGGCGCUUAAGGUCAAUUCAUCCUGGUGUCGGAAGAUAAAUAUGAAAUCAGAUUUCUGUACCUUUUACAGAAUUAAUUUCUGCGAUUCGGUCAAAUUACUUAAUCAUAUUAUACCCUGAUAUUGUUCUUACAGCAAUUUGGAACUGAUUCUUUAUUUUAACUAGAAAUUCUUACUACCUAAAGACAAAAGUACUGGCACAUACAUACAUCCAUCGUACCUACAUAUAAUCACGUCUAUAUCCCUUGCGGGGUAGAUAGAGAUAUAGUCUGAAAGGCUGAUAGGCCACGUUCAGCUUGAUAAUAGAAUUGAGAUUCAAAUACUGACAGGUUGCUAGCCCAUCGCCUAAAAGAAUCCCAAAUUUAUAAGCCUACUUAUAAGCGUACUGAAACCUCUUUAUUUUAUUAGACAUCCCACUAACAUCCCAGUCAUAGUAUCAGUUCUUGUCAUGGUGCUAUAUUUUUUUAUUGUAUGUCAUGUAUAUUGUAUUAUCUUUCAAUAAUGGCUAUAGAAAUUGGAUUUGUAAUACCCACGUGGCAAGAUUUUACACAAAAGUUCGUUUUCAGUUAUCACAGUUAGGUAUCUGUACUUAUUUUUUGUAAGGAUACGUUAUAUUUUUAUUAAGUUUAUGACAUAUGCCAAACAUUCUUUAUAAAACUAUUGCCAUUCCGCGAACUAUAAAAAUGAGAAGUACAUCUGGCUAACGAGCCCUAAAUUUCAUCGCUUCGUAAAAUUCAGCUUUACAACGUAAACAAAUAGUUAAAAACUUUAAUACCCGGUUGUGUGGUUAUGGCCUUAAAAUAGUUUCUCAGUAUGUCCUGCCCUAAAAACAUGCUUUUAGAUUUUAUCGUUGGAAUUGAAAAAGAAACAGUUUUUUUUUUAAUUUAUAUGUAACAAAAGCCUUAAAAAUUGUUUUAAAUCUUAAAAAAUGCAUUUUCUAUUGUCUGUUUUAAAGUUUGGAAUCGAUAAAUUCUCUAACGAUAGAAAAUUAAAAAAUAAAUAAAUAAAAUCAGAAAGUAUCAGUUACUUUUUAACAUGAAAAGAUUUAUAUGCAUAUCACUGACCGGUCUUGGGAAGCUUACCACUGACCGUAUAAAGGCUAUUAUCACACAUGAAUAACUUUCAGAAAAUUAACGCCUAUCCGUGCCUUUUCUUUGAUCGACUCGUUUGACGAACCCAGAUGUGUUUGGGAAAAAUAAUAUUAUAUCGUUUGAUAUAUUUUAUUGCCAAUACCCUUUUUUAUAGUUCAAAAUUAUUGGCGGAUAAGUAAUCGAUAUUUCCAUAAUUGAUCAGACAAAAUAUUGUUAAAAUAUAACAUUUUAAAAGGCCGCCUUUUGUACUGUUUAUCUUUACUCUCACGGGGUAAAUAGAGACGAAUGGCCUAGUAAAAAUAUACGGAUAAAAUGUCGUUAAAUAUUGUAACUGAUAUUGAAACUGUUUCCACGAAUGAGAUACAAAUUAUAUUAUACCUAAUAUAAAAUCCUGUCCAUACAGAUAAGGAUUAUGACAUUGCGGUGAAUCAGGUUGAUAGCCCUGACCGGUUCAUCUAUUUAUGCGACCACCCAGUUUAGUAAUUAUUGUUUCAAAUCGGCCGUGAAUCACUAAUGACUCAUCGCUACGACUUAAGGUCGCCUAGCCGGAAGAAACUCGGAAGUGUUUAUAAAAUCUUUACUGAUUCAUACUUUUACUGUAUAAUGUAAUAAGUUUUAAAUGCAGACUUCUGCGGAUUAAAAACUUUUAAAGAAUUAACUCACUGAGAUUAUAACUUACAAAUUCCAAGUAUAGGUACAUACUUUGUUAUGUAAAGUCCUUUUUUGAAUGAACUGAUGCAUUUUACCGUAGAUAGAUUGGACCUUCGGAGCCGGAUAGACAUUUUUUUUUAAGCAUGUUGCUUAAAAUUUUUUCGCGAAGUAUAUUUCUCUGUUUACAUUGCAAGAUUUUGUAGCCCAUGGAACUCAACGAGUAGGAACCGCGUAAUUAAUUUUCAGUGUAGUUCAAUUAGUAAUGUUAGCGGCCUGAUAAUAGUCCUCCGAAAACACUACAGUACGAACAUUGACCCCUCCUAUUAUGUUCCUAUAUUUCGCCCACCCACAUUGACUAGGAAGCGCCCUAUCUAAAUAAUUGGGCCAUAUCAACGAUCCUUAUAUUUCACACUCUGCUCCGAGGUAAACAUUCACUAGUCAAAGUCCCUGUUUCUGUCUGUUAUGACAAGUUUUAUCAAUGUGCUUGCGAAAUAUAUCUGAAUUAUACAAAAAGCAACUUGGCUUGUAAAAAUAUCCCUCGUUAAAGCGAAAGUAAUUAUAAUUACCAAUAGAAGAAAAAAUAAUAAUUUGAUUUCGAAACAAAUUCAUCUUUGUUCGUUUGUUAGUGGAAUAAGGAAUACGCUUGUUUUAUUUGUAAACCAUAGUGUUCAACUGUCAAACAUUAUUUUCGUAACUCGUGUGUAUAAUUUAGAGCGGUCUCACUAUUUACCUAUUCUAUAGGGAAUUAUUUGCGCGUGACUUUACUCGUUAUUCGCAAUUGCAUGAGCGCAAAAACCCAAUUAAAUUAAUUACUUAAAAGAUGAGUCAAACAUUACCUCAUACUGGCGCACAAUUACAACUAAUACAAUUAUCUCAUAAAUUUACAAUGGUUUAGUUACAAUGUGAGAAAGGUAUACACCAUGGUAGUUAAUACUCAUGUGGUACAAUAUACCUACUUAUAUUCUUACACCAAAAAGAUGCCUUCUCUGAUGUGUAAAAUUGUUUGUGAAAAAGUGUAUCAGUAAUAAAUAAGUAGGUAUACAAGUACUUAUUUACUUCAAACCAAAAUAAAACAAAAGAAUAAAAACAAUCAAUUUUACUUACUAACCUAUCUUUAUUUGGAAGGCUAUACAAGGCGUAGGUUACACCUUCGAUGUGAAUUCAAAUAUAGACGAUUUGUGAAAGUACCUACUUACAUAUAUAAAUAACGCCUCUUUCCCGGAGGAGUAGGCACAGACCACAUCUUUCCACUUGCCAUGAUCCCUUUGCAUUGCUUCAUCUACAUUCAUAACUUUCUGUAACCAUCGUAAUCGAUGCUUUGUAUGGAAUGUCUGGGUGUACCCCUAUUACAAUUAAUUAAUGAUAUUAUUAAGGAGGGAAAGCGUCGGUGGUCGAAUCGAUGACGUGCCCGGUUAAAAUGCGUGAUGCUCAUAAAGGCACAAGUUCGAAUCCCACCUCGGCCAUGUACCAAUAACUGUUUUCGAAGUUAUGUUACAUUAGUUUUAAUACUAACCGAUGCUUUAACGAUAAGGGAAAACAUCGUCAGGGAACCUGCAUAUUCAGGCAACUGGAUGUGUAAUCAUGAUCGAUUUACCUACAAAGGUUGCGGAGGUCAGAUGGGAGCCGCUUCGUGUAAAAACCUAACUCACUCAAUCCAGAAUCCAUAGUCAAAGAAAUACUCCGGGCUUCUCUCCAGAGUGCUGAGGAUGCAACUAAUGAUGAUGGGACUAAAGCCAGGAUGAAGAUUAUUGAGAAGGGAAAGCAACGAUUAUUGAUAAAUAAACCUAUAAUAUUGUUAACUACGUUUUUUUGCGGAAAAUGAUCUUAUCUCGGAAAUAUUAUAGCAAUUAUAUUUACCGCAUUUAAGCUAUAUAUAUAAGCAUUAAAAGUAUUUUAUGAUUCCGUCCUAAUAUUGUGUAAGUAGCACGUAUUAUUCGGUAGUCCAAUCACAAUCUCCGCCUAUGAAAAUAUUUCAGGGUUAGCAUGUAAGUUUUAGUAGGUAUCGUAGAAAAGAAAAAGACAAGAUUUUUGUUGUACCAUGCUAUCACCCACUGCGAUCGUUUCUCGCGCGAUAAAAACUGCAUCGCGCUUGCCAUAAUACGAGAGCAGAUCGUUUACUAUUGUAAUGAGAAGAGUUUUCAUUUAAGUACCUACUCUUUAUUUUAAUUGUAUUUAUGAUGAUACUAUGGAUAAAUAUUAUUUACUAUCUAAAACUAUCUUUUCAUAAAGUGCAUGCUAUAUGAAUCCUUUCGGUAUCUUGAAAGACCCUUCUCAAGUUUUUUUAAAUAAUUUAAAGUUACCUAUGUUAAUACGGAUAUGUAUUAAGUCGUAAAUUUAUAUAAAUUGUCACGUCACAAACAUUGCUCAAUACUUAGCAGAACCAAAGUAUUUGACAUUUUUGUAUAUAAGGAAAAUGAAAAAUAAUAUUAUUUAAUCGUGUAACGUAGGCAUUAUUCAAUUUGGUUUCAUGGAAUUUGUUAUAAAUUUAUUAAAAAUUUUAUGACGAUACUUGCUAUGACGUCAUUCUUCAGUUUUAUUUAUUCACAAAAAUACAACUGAAUGUCUGUUCACAAAGUUGUUCCAGACUUUAUGAUCUGUAAAAUUUACAUGAAUGAGCAGUUUGUAAUCCUAUAAAAAUCGUGUGUAAAAAGUUGCCACUUAGUGCUGACUGUUGUUGAGUUAACAUUGUAAGCAUUUGAAUUUGUAAACAGACGAAGUCCGUUUGUAUGUACCAACAACUUCUAUGUAUAUCCUCUAUACCAUGAAAUGUAAUACUAUAACGUGUGGCAAUGGCAUUAUCGGGUAUUAUCAUGAACACUGCCGAUAAAAUAUUAUUAACUCUUAUCGUUUAUUAUGCAUUUAUGAAUGUGAAAUCCCUUCCCAAGUUCACGACGAAAACAUUUACAUGAAAGUGUUGAUUUUCAGAAAAAAAUAAUUAUAAGAUUUAGAAAAAUUAAAUAGCAUUUAUGUAUUGAUAUCUGAUUAUGUAUAAAAAGUGAUGCGAUUUUUUAACACCUGUGUAAAUUAUAUGAAAUUCAUAAUUUCAAUUUCAAACACAUUUUUAUGUAAAUGAUGUUAGGUAUUGAACAUAACUGUCAUAAUUGUCCAAUGUUUUCUGGACGUACCCCGCUUCGAGUGUAAUGCCACCAAGGACUGGCGACCUCAUUGUAAUAGCUCGAUAAGAGACAGAUAGCAUAGCUCGAUGGAAUAGACAACUUGCUCAUUACACUAUCAAAUUCGGUAUGCGUGCCACUCUAUCACAAUUGUAUGUAGAUUCGUGCACUCUCCCAAGCUUUCUACGAGACUUCUGAAUUUGUUUAAUUAUUGUACUGUGCAAUCUUGCGCACCCAAAGUGAACUUGGUCUAUAGAUGAGACCUUGUUUCACACGUUUGGGUUUAUAAACAGAUGCACAAGUAUAUAAUGCAACCCGACACCCGUUUUGCAUCAUAGAUUAGAUUAAGUUGAUAGAUAUUAAGUUCGUAUGUGUUCAUUUUCACUGGACUGUGUCAAUUCUUAUGUUACUAGAAUAUCGACAUACGCCCGCCACGGCGCACUGCCAGUUUAAUUUUUUUAAACUUUUGUACCUUAAAUUCUAGUCUAUAUAGAUUAAGCUAAACACGUUUUAUGGAACUUUUUACACUGGUCGUAUAAUAAAAUA